CAUCUCUCCAUCAACGAAGUUUUUUUUUUUUUUGUGCGAGCAGCUCCCUCUUCAUCGUUCUUCCUCAAACUCCUUUCUCUCGUUUCUGUGGCUAAUCUCGAUCUGUCAUAUGUUUUUCCUUUGUUGAUUUUCUUCCCGAAUCAGAACUUCUUUUCUUUUCCUUUUCCCCCAAAUCAGAAAACUAGGGUUCGCAGGGGAAGGGAUGAUGUUCCAGUGAGCAGUGAGGCUGCUCAAGUCCAGGGAUCCAUAUAUUCCCUCCUAUGGCAAGACCCACUAAUUCCUUCCUACCCUAAUAUCAGUAUAUCCAUCGCCAACAAAGUCCAGCAUCUAACUCAAAACAGAUCCCCUUGGCUGCUGCUGAACUUUCGCUCUUCUUCCCAGACUAGAGCUGUCCCACAGUCUGCUUCAUUCUUCUAUGGCCAACAGCUGAAAAACAUAGCAUUCUCUGAUGUCCAUGGUUGCUAUUGUUGCUUUGGGGCCCUCUGUUUUUUUCCCUCUCUCGGUCGUUCUGGGCUUCUAGGAGACCUACGCUAGCUUGAGGUUGGGGGACAAUAGUGUCCGUCGUUGACGCCACAAGAUGGAUAGAGAAGCUCAAGAUUCAAAUGAGAUUGAAGAUCAUAUUACUGAUGGGUUGGAAGAGAUUUUAGAUUUGCAUGGAACAGAACAAGAUAGUUGGAGAAUUGUCAUGGAAAAUUGGCAGAGACAAAGAGAUAUGUGUGUCAUACAACUUAUUUGCUACAUUGUCCAUGCAUUGCAUCUAUUAAAUAGACAAGCCUCCAGUGGAUCGUGGGGGUUGAGUUUUCAAGUAAGAGAGGAUAAAAGAAGAGAUCUUCUGAAACAAUUGCGUAAUCAUGAAGUUUCAUGUCGUGCAACAUUACGUAUGGGGGUAGAAGUGUUCGCUCUUUUUUGUGAAAAAUUACGGGGUACAGGAGUGUUGCAAGAUUAUAAUCGUGCCACAGUGGAAGAGCAAGUAGCAAGAUUUUUGUCUAUUCUUGCCCAAACUGGUGGCAAGUAUCGCAAUCUGGCUUUCUAUUAUCAUCGAAGUAUUGGGACUAUCAGUAAUCAUUUUCAUAAUGUCUUGCGAGCUGUGAUAAGUUUAGCACCUCAAUUCCUGAAUCAACCUAGUGCAACAACGCCAGUGUCCUCCGUAAUAAGCAGUAACUCUAGAUUUUUUCCGUACUUCAAGGAUUGCAUUGGGGCUAUUGAUGGUACACACUUUCGAGUGAAAGUAAAUCGCGCCAGUCAAACUCGUUUUAGAGGUCGGAAAGAAUGGCCUACUCAAAAUGUUUUAGCUUCAUGCAACUUUGACUUGCAAUUCCUAUACGUUUUAGCUGGGUGGGAAGGGACAGCAUCUGAUUCAAGAAUUUUAAAAGAUGCAUUGGCUAGACCACAUGGGCUUGUAAUACCAGAAGGGAAAUUCUAUCUCGGAGAUGGUGGGCUAAUGUUACGUGCUUCGUUGUUAACACCAUACAGACGUGUUCGGUAUCACUUAAAGGAGUAUUCCCGUAAUGGUCCUAAGAAUGCUAAAGAAUUGUUCAAUCAUCGUCAUGCUAGUCUACGUAACUCGAUUGAAAGAUGUUUUGGGGUGUUGAAAAAGAGAUUUCCUAUUAUUGGCACCGGUAUGGAGCCACAAUAUUCUUUCGGCACAACUACCGACAUUAUCCUAGCUUGUUGUAUCAUACAUAACUUUCUUAUAGGAGUCGACCCCGAUGAGCAACUAAUUGCAGAAGUUGAUCGAGAACUCGAGAGGAUGCAAAGGCAAAAUGAGUCACAAUGUGAAGACGAAACAAGAGCUGGAAUAGAAUUACGUGAUAGUAUAGCGGAACACAUGUGGCAUGAUUAUAAUAUGCAACAAGGAAGCACAAUGAGCAAAAGGCCAAAAGGGAAGCAGACAAUUGUGGGGGAGACAUCCACUAAGGAGAAUCUACAAUGGACAGAGGAGAUGGACAAUGCUUUGCUAGAAAGUCUACUAGCCGAGCAACGUAAGGGGAACAGGCAAGAUGGCAUGUUCACAACUCAUGCUUAUAACAAUGUCGUUAUUGCUUUGCGUGGGCUGUUUUCGCAUAAUUUCGACAAGGAGAAAAUAAAAAAUAGGCAGAAGACAUUGAAAAAGCACUUUGCAACUGUGAAAGACUUAUUCCAUAACAUGAGUGGCUUUGCAUGGAAUCCAGUAACCAAACUUUUUGAAGCUGAACCAGAAGUAUGGAAGCAACUAAUUCAGGAGAAGCCGAAUGCUAGCAGAUGGAUUAGGACACCCAUUAACAACUAUGACAAACUCUUUGAGUUGUAUGGGGAGUUUAGAGCAACCGGAGAAGGAGCCGCAAGUGCAUUUGAGAGGAUCGAACGUUGGGAUAUGAGGUCUCCUGCAUUCGACAUUGAUUUGAAUAACAUGUCAGGAGAUGAUGAAGGUAUGAAUGCCUAUAUUCCUUCACCUUUUACACCUCGUGAAGGCACAAAUGCAUAUAGCUCCGAUGGUAGAUCUUCAUUUACUCCUGAUCCUCCACCAUCAGUCGACUCUCAUGGUACUACCUCUUCAAAGGGAACCAAAAGAAAAGCUCCCAUGGGAGAUGUAUCUGCCAAUCAAUUUGAAAUCAUGGCUGUCAACAUGAGUAGGAUGGCAUCAGGUAUAGAGAAAGGUAAUGUGAUUGCUGAACGAUCUGCCAAGGCUAUGGAGAAAGGAAAUGAGAUUAAAGAGAGGUCUUUGGUGAUUCUUGACCAUCAUAAGACUCACAUCUACAAAGAGGGAGAAAUUUUCCAAGAAUUGCAACGCUAUGAUAUUCCUGGUGAAAUGAGGUUGAAUGGCUAUAAGUAUCUAGCAAAAAAUCCGGAUACCACAAGGGCUUUAUUUGGCUUGCCAGAAGAGUAUAGACAACAAUUCAUUGUUGAUUUGGCAAAAAAACAAACCUUCUGGCAAGUUGACUUUUGAUGUGGUCUAGUAGCAUGUUACCUAGUACUAACAGGUUGCCAUCUUUAGGACGGACUUAUGUAAGUAUAGUAUUAUCAGGUGACCUUUUUUUGGACGGAUUGUACUAUGUAUCUCUAGUAUUAGCAGAUGCAUUUGGACGGAUUUAUGCACUUCUAGUAUUAGCAUGUUACUUAGUACUAACAGGUUGCCUUCUUUUGGACGAACUUAUGUAAGUCUAAUAUUAUUAUGUGACCUUCUUUUGGACGUAUUGUAUUAUGUAUGUCUAGUAUUAGCGGAUACCUUUAUUUUGGAUGAAUGUAUGUACUUCUAGUAUUAGCAUGUGACCUUAUAUUUGGGAAAUUACUAUUAUCCUGUUGCUUUUUGGAC